AUGGCCCGGGCCCGCGGCCAGGCCCCCGGGAGCGGCGGGCGGCGGCCGCGGAGGGGGGUCGGCCCGGGGCCCGCGGGAGGCGCCGGGGCCGGGGCCGGGGCCGGGGCCCGGGGCGAGCCGGCCGGACUGCUGCUGCUGCUGCUCCAGGUGUUCCCGAGCGGGGUUGAGGGGCCCGGACGACGGGGCGGGCGGGGCCCGGGCAGCGGUGGCGGCUUCGGCGGGCUUGACUCCCCCCCCUCACUCCCCCGGGACGCGCGGCUGCUGCUGCUCCUGCCGCCGCCGCCGCCGCCGCCGCCGCCGCCGAGCUCCGCUCCCGCUGCCUCCGCCUUCCGGAUGGACUCCUUGCCCCGAGGAGGGCUCAGCCUGAAAGAGGAGCCGCUCCCUGCCGGCCUCGGCUCGGUGCGCUCCUGGAUGCAGGGCACUGGAAUCUUGGACGCCACCACCGCAGCGCAGAGUGGUGUGGGCCUGGCUCGGGCUCACUUUGAGAAGCAGCCACCUUCCAAUCUUCGCAAAUCCAACUUCUUCCACUUCGUGUUGGCCAUGUAUGACCGGCAGGGACAGCCAGUGGAGAUCGAGCGCACAGCCUUCAUCGACUUUGUGGAAAAAGAGCGGGAACCCAGUGGGGAGAGAACCAAUAAUGGUAUCCAUUACCGGCUGCAGCUGCUCUACAGCAAUGGAAUCCGCACUGAACAAGAUCUGUAUGUUCGGCUCAUCGACUCCAUGUCUAAGCAGGCCAUCAUCUACGAGGGGCAGGACAAGAACCCGGAGAUGUGCCGUGUCCUCCUGACCCAUGAGAUCAUGUGCAGCCGCUGUUGUGACAAGAAGAGUUGUGGCAAUCGAAAUGAGACACCAUCUGACCCCGUCAUUAUAGACAGGUUUUUCCUCAAGUUUUUCCUCAAAUGCAACCAGAACUGCCUAAAGAAUGCGGGCAAUCCUAGAGACAUGAGGCGCUUCCAGGUGGUGGUCUCUACGACCGUGAGUGUGGAUGGACACGUGCUUGCUGUGUCUGAUAACAUGUUUGUUCACAACAACUCCAAGCACGGCCGCCGUGCCCGCCGCCUUGACCCUUCAGAAGCAGCCACCCCCUGCAUCAAGGCCAUCAGCCCCAGUGAGGGCUGGACCACGGGGGGAGCCACGGUCAUCGUCAUCGGGGACAACUUCUUCGAUGGGCUUCAGGUCGUCUUUGGAACCAUGCUGGUGUGGAGCGAGCUGAUCACUCCCCACGCCAUCCGGGUGCAGACCCCUCCGAGGCACAUCCCGGGGGUGGUGGAGGUGACCCUCUCCUACAAGUCCAAGCAGUUCUGCAAAGGGGCCCCUGGCCGUUUCGUCUACACGGCUCUCAAUGAGCCAACCAUCGACUACGGCUUCCAGAGGCUGCAGAAGGUGAUACCACGACAUCCUGGAGACCCUGAGCGGCUUCCUAAGGAAGUGCUAUUGAAAAGGGCAGCUGACCUGGUGGAGGCUCUGUAUGGGAUGCCGCAUAGUAACCAGGAUCUCAUCAUAAAGCGGGCAGCAGACAUUGCAGAAGCACUCUACAGCGUCCCACGCACUCCCUCCCAGCUUGGCUCCCUGGCCCCGGGCCAUCCCCAUACCGCCAUGAUGGGCAUCAACUCCUUUGGGAGCCAGCUGGCCGUCAACAUUGGAGACUCCACACAAGGGGCUGAUCAAGGUUAUUCCCGGAAUACCAGCAGUGUGUCUCCUCGAGGCUACGUGCCCAGCUCCACCCCGCAGCAGAGCAGUUACAGCAGCAUCACCUCCAGCAUCAACGGCUAUGGGGCUACUGGCAUGGCUGGCCUUGGUGUGCCCAGCUCCCCCAGCUUCCUCAACGGCUCCACUGCCAAUUCACCCUAUGCUAUCAUGCCCUCCAGCCCUCCGCUGGCCGCCGCUUCCUCCAUCUCCCUCCCGGCCGCUGCCCCCACCACCAGCGUCUUCUCCUUCUCACCGGUCAACAUGAUCUCUGCGGUGAAGCAGAAGAGCGCCUUCGCCCCCGUGGUGCGCCCGCCCGGCUCCCCGCCCCCCGCCUGCACCAGCACUAAUGGCAGUGCCCUGCAAGACCCAGCUUUUGAGGACUCGGACAAGUUCCAUUCCCCCCCUGGGGCCCUCCAGGGACUGGCCUACUCCUAAGCACACCAUGUCUGGACUCCUCAUCCCCCCCAUGUGAGGCCUGCACAGCACCACCUAGCCACUGGGCGCAGAGCCUGGGACAGGCGGCCCGUGGCCUGGGAGGACCGCGAAGAGGACUUCCCGCGGGCAGCCGAGGGAGACCCUGGGCCCUGCCCCUCCACAGCCCUUCUCUUCUCUCCCUUCCACUCUCAGGACCGGCCACAGGAGGCUUCUCUCUUGGCAGCCCCAUUUUAACGUGUGUGUGCGCGCGUGUGUGAGCGUGUGAGGUGCUGGAGGCCGCCGACCCCUCGUCCUUCUCCCAUUCCAUGCUUGGGGUGGGAGGGGGGUCCUGGGGAUGGGAGGGGGUAACGAUCCUGCCCUCCAGAAUGCUCAGGGAAGAAGCUGGUGUCUCUGGAGCGCUUCCUCCCAGCCUGACCGCUUCUCCUGGGGAGGGGGUCCGUGUACAGAAAACCCCCGGCUGGCUCUGCCUGCCCAGUGCUGCUUGGGAGGGGAUUGGGCCCAGAGCCACAGGAGAUGGGGAGGUGUCAGGGGAAGGCCCCAGCUCCCCCACAGGGUGGCCUUUGAAGCAGAAAUAGGAGUAUUACCGUAGGACCAAUCUGGCCGACUCCAUUUCCCAUCCUUUGUCCGGCCCCUCAAGGCCACCCCAUUUCUCGCACAACGCUGGCGGCCUGGGAUUCCCCCAGAGGGAUGAAGCUACGGUCCCAGAUCUUUCCUCCUGAGUUCUGGGAAAGGUCACCAGCAGCUCUAGAUGUGUCCUUUGGGCCCGUGGAACAAGCUCCUCAGAGCCGUGGAGGGACCCCCGAUUCUGGCUCUCCUACCUUUGCCCUUUCCUGCCCGCCCUUGCAGCUCCCAGAGUACUCCUCCUUGUAGUGGGCCGUGAGCCUCCGGCCCCGUGGCCUGCUUUCUCCCCUGGGUGGCUUGCGUUGUCUGUGUCUCCCGUUGUCUGCUCCUGGUGGCCCUUCCUCGUCCCCAGCCCAGCGGCUCCCUCCUCUCCAGAGGGCCUGUCCUGCCCGCCCCUCUCCCUGGCUAGCAGCCCAGUCUGGCUUUGGUCACUUGAUCCGGGAAGGGGUUCGGGAGAAUUGAAACAAUAAAUGGAGAUACUGA